CCAAACCGUUCAUUUUCCCGGCUCUCACUUCUCUCUUCGCCCUCUUCUCCUUCACUCGCGUAAACCCUAAUUUCGAAUGCUUGAUCUUUCCUCUCUCGACGAAUUCCAAACAUCGGAUGUAGUUUUGGUUCUCGAAUACCUAAAUUUUCAGUCGCCUCAUCUGGGGUUUUGCAACGGGACCGAUCUGGUAGCAUGGCGUUAGUGGAUGGGUCUCCGAGACGAUGAGCGAAAACGAGGAUUUCUUCGCGGCGCCCAGUGAUGGAGGUGGGGAGAAAUUCCACAUCCUCCAGCCUGGUCGUGGCCUUGAAUCCAACUGGGAGGUUGAUCUUGCGCGGAAUUUAGAGGAUUAUCUUCAUAAGAUCUGCUCCGGCGAGAUAUCUGGUGAACAGGACAAUGCCCACCACUCCAUCAACUUUGCUGAGGCUGCGCUGCUAUUGCAAGGCUCGAUUCAGGUGUAUAGCCGGAAGGUGGAGUACUUGUAUUCUUUGGUUUUGCACGCGUUGGAGUUUUUAUCACAGAAGAGGCAAGAUCCACAAGAAAAUGAUUUCAAUCAACCUGGUGGGCAAUCUGAUGUGGAUAUUAGUGAACAGGACGAAACGUUUUGGGGUUUAGAUGAUGUGCCAGUGGAAGCAAAAAGCUUCUUGGAUGACAGGCUGAACAAAGAUGAGUUGAACCAAUUUGUGAGGCCUCCUGCAAAUCUCCUUGUUUUGGAAGGGGACUGUCUAGAUGCUAGUGGUGAUGCAGGAGAAUUGGAAACUUAUUUGCUAGCUACGUGCAGCUUUUAUGGUGAUUUCCUUCUUCUAGAUCCUUGUGAUGCUGGAGCAGUUAAUAGCUUUCUUAAUGCAGAUCCAUUUGAGAAAGAAAACACAGCACCCUAUAGAGGCAGUUCAGUGAGGUCUAAAAGUCCGCAUUCCUUUUAUCCUUCUUCAACUGGCAAAUCUAAGGGAGCUGCACAUCUAUCAAGUCCUUCUAAUGACCAAGACGCCAAGCUGAAUCAGGUGCCAGUUAAUAGUUGCAACUUCGAAAUCAACAAUGACAAUCAAUGGUCUGCACCUCAUGGGGAUGCUAGUUUUCAUCAAGAUGAUACUUGGAAUGAUAGGGAACCAUUCCCAGAUGUUAGGGAUGACUCUGAUGAUGACAGUGAGGAUCCUUGGAAGCCUUUGAAUCCUCAUGAACCUGGCAAUCUAAAAAUUAAGCCAUUCAGAAAAGGUAAACAGAAUGGCUGGCAGCCAAUCCGUGAUAAUAAGCUGAAUUUUAUAAAAUCUCAGUUCCCUCUUGCAAAGUUGGAAGGCACCAUUAGCCCUGAGUUUGCUGAAGUCAUGGAGGCACAGCUGCAUGAAAAGGAACAGCUACAUGCAUCUCAUCCUCCUCUAUUUGAAAAGCUGAGGAGGUCGCUUGUUUUUGGAGAACAAGAAUAUGUUUCUGGUGAUAACGAUGAUGGAAAUGAUGAUGAUGAUGAUGAUGAUGGGGAUGGCACUGACCUCCCUGAUUUUGGGCAAGCUGAAUUUGGCUUUGCACACAAAAUUGACUCCAUGGAUGUUGAUGUUCCUUUUAACCAUGAAAAACAUUUUGACAGUACUGUUGAUCAUGAAGGAGCAGAAGCAUUUCCACAUGACAAUGUGGAUUCUAAUGCUAGCCUUGAAGAUCUAUGCAAAUCACAUCUGGAUGCUCUCCUUGCUAGUAUAGCUGAAACAGAGAAGCAAACAGAGAUGGCAAGCCGUGUAUCUUCAUGGAAGCAAAGAAUUGAGUCUACCUUAGAAGAACAAGAAAACCAUCCAGCUUUUGAUAUCCACUACUAUGGUGAGAGAAUUUUGGGCAAGCUGUCAUUAGAACCCGACAGCAGAGGAAGCACAUCCUUCACCAAUAUUGUGAUGGGGCAAUCUAAACAUGAAGUUGCUCGGGCAUUUUCUGCACUUCUGCAGCUGGUGAACAAUGGAGAUGUUGACUUACAAAGAUCACAACCCUGUGACAAAGUUAUCUGUUAUACCUCCACAACUCCCUUCCAUGUUAGACUUUUAAAAAAUUCUAAACGAGAAGAACCAGUAAUCCGACCAGGAAAGAAGCGGGUAAAAUCCCCAUUGAAGAAGAGGGGUGGUAAAUCGACUCUUUCACCGAAGGAAACUUCCGUGCCUGUGAAAUCUUCACAGCAUAAUGGUAGGUCCUCAGUGAAGCUCGCGAAGAAUAGUGCCGGCAAAUGCACACCAGAUGGAAAGAGGCAGCGAAGGUCUCGGUUGAUAGAUACUGUAGACAUCUUGUCUGCUGGAUAAUCUUAAACUUGGUUGUCCUGAUUAUGUGGCAUGCGGAAUAUUGUCAUGCAACAACCAGUACUAACAGGUAUGUAGGAUGAGGAAUUCUAAGUUAUGCAAUAUGCCUUGAAGCUUCUUGUAAAUUUAAUAUUUUCUAGUCCCUGUAACUGUUAUCAGUUAGUUCAAUAGUAUGUACUUACCGCUAUCAUGUAAGGAAAGAUAAUGUUGCUUCAGGAUUGAAACACAA